AUGUCUGAAGAAUUCCUUCAAACCUGCCAUGAACACCUCAGUGUUCCGCUUGCCAUCCAGCCCAAGAAGUCCAAAUCCAUCAAAGGCUCGAUCACCGCCCCCAACCCAGCGUCAGACAGCUCCGACAGAAGGAACAAAAGUUGGGAAUGGGGAAACACGCAACUUGCAGUGGUCUUGUCUCCGCCGCAACCACCUCCAGUCAAAUGUCAAACACGGGCACGCAAGAGAAAGUCAGCUGAAGGAGGCGGGCAACACCCAAAGACCACCUGUGAACAAAAGAAAACAUCUCUUCAGUGCUCAGCCCUGACACAUUCCUUCGGUGCGUGCAAAAAUCGGGCCACUAUUGUACCAGCGUCCCACGGACUCCCGAUCUGCUGGAUUCACCGAAAACUCGGACAGACUGUAGCCUCUUGUCAGGCAGCGCUCGGAGGCAACCGCAAAUGCCUCAAAAAGAUUCCCUGGUCCGAAAGACGACAACUCUGUUCCGAACACGCGGAUUUUCCACUGCCAUGCUACAUACUGCGUCUACCGACUGAACUUCGUCAGCAGGUCUUUUCAUAUAUUCUUGAUGACUAUCAGAGCCAAUAUGUUCAAUUCUACACCUAUUACAGUUUUCUGAAAAUGGCGCGACUGAAUCGUCAAAUCUUCGAGGAAGCAAGUGAUAUACUCUACCGAAACUUCGUAUGCAAGAUCUAUUUACACCAUGAAGGAAUAUACAUCUUGCAAAGAAAAUGCCUCUCAGUGCGACCUGGUUCCUGGCAGCGUUUCAAACAAUUCCGUUUCACGAUGGAUAUAUAUAGGCAUGGAAAGCACGACGAAACCCUCAGCAACGCUAGGCUUAUUGCAGCACAACUCCAUGGUGCCAAUAUUAAGCUCCAUAUUUCAGUUGCAUCAUUCGGCAGUCACCUUCUAGACAUUCAUAACACUUAUAACAUCUUACCCUUGUACUUGGAUGCAUUUCGGCAUUUACGGAGAGUGCAGGAAGCCCGAGUGACAAUACAUCCUGAUCCUUCUGUGAAAUUGAAGGAAAUCGAAGAGCGGGCGGGAUUGUCAGAGGAGACCAUGGCCAUUUCAUUGAGGUGGAGAAGACUCUACAAAGAAUGGAUUGAAGUGCUGGAGGGCUUCUGA